UUUAUUGCGAAGAUGCUGCAGUGCUUAAAACUUCAAGAUGAUUCCAAAGAAUAAGCAGAUUCAAAACUUGGGGUGAGAGCAGAGAGAAUAUUGCGUUUUCUUCGUCACUUUCAUCCAUCCAUCCAUCCAUCCAUCUAUCCCUUUUCCUUUUUUCUGCUGCACUGAAGAGUAAUGGAAGUUUCAAGGAAAGAACGAUAUAAAAUUUGCACUCUGCAACCCCAUUCUUCAAAUACUUCUACCCUGGUGAAAUGAAUACAAACUCUGAUAGUAGCUAACAUUCUUUGCUGAAGAUAAACUUAAGGUGUUCAUUUGUGAAGAGAAGAUAUGAUAUCUUGUAAGGAGUUGCAGAUUUCUUCUGACUGCAAAUGAUGUGAGCACACUGCUCCAGCAUCAUUCUGUAAAGGGUUUCAGGUUACAUAGGAAGAGAUAGAGGAAGACGAAGACGAAGAGGAGAAUACCGCUCUCAGCAUCAGACUACUAAUAUAGUCUCUUUACUUUCCCAUUUUCGGAAACAUGAGCUUCUCCAAGGGUUAUCCUGGCAGCCAGACGCCGGGUGAUAUUGAGGCCGGGUCUCCCACUGGAUGCUCUGAUGAUUUUGAUGAUGGAGACUUUUCUGCUGAUCCAUUUGAUGUUACCAGAACAAAGAAUGCUCCGGUUCAACGCCUCAGGCGCUGGAGGCAAGCAGCACUGGUGCUCAAUGCUUCUCGUCGAUUUCGUUACACCUUGGACUUAAAGAAAGAAGAAGAAAAGAAGAGAGUAUUAAGAAUUGUUAUAGUGCAUACACGGGCCAUUCAAGCUGCAUAUCGAUUCAAGGAAGCUGGGCAAUUGAAUGGGCUUGGAACUAUAAAACCUCAUUUGAACUCCACCGGAGAAUUUUCAAUUGGACAAGAACAACUUUCUUCAAUUUCAAGGGACCGAGACACUGCUACUCUGCGGGAAUGUGAAGGGGUUGUAGGGUUAUCAAAUUUAUUGAAAACCAAUUUAGAGAAGGGAAUUCGAGGUGAUGAUACUGACUUGUUAAUACGGAGGAAUGCAUUUGGUUCCAACAAUUACCCUCGAGAGUCUGGAAGAAAUUUUUUGUCGUUUAUGUGGGAUGCUUGCAAGGAUUUGACCUUGAUUAUUCUAAUGGUAGCUGCAAUGGCUUCAUUAGCACUGGGGAUAAAAUCUGAGGGUAUCCAGGAAGGAUGGUAUGAUGGGGGAAGCAUUGCUUUUGCAGUUAUUCUUGUUAUUCUUGUUACAGCUAUAAGUGAUUAUAAGCAGUCUCUUCAGUUUCAAGAUCUAAAUGAGCACAAGAGAAACAUUCAUUUGGAGGUCAUUCGAGAUGGUAGAAGAGUUGAGAUCUCCAUAUAUGAUGUUGUUGUUGGUGAUGUUAUACCCCUUAACAUUGGUGACCAGGUCCCCGCUGAUGGAGUUUUGAUCUCUGGUCACUCUCUUGCAAUUGAUGAAUCAAGUAUGACCGGGGAGAGCAAAAUUGUNGAAAAAAAUUCUAAUGAUCCUUUUCUGAUUUCUGGAUGUAAAGUUGCAGAUGGCAAUGGAACUAUGCUGGUAACGGCUGUUGGUAUUAAUACUGAAUGGGGGCUUCUGAUGGCUAGCAUUUCAGAAGACAAUGGUGAAGAAACACCUUUGCAGGUACGCUUAAAUGGUGUCGCUACCUUAAUUGGUAUUGUUGGACUCUCUGUGGCUGUUAUCGUUCUGAUAGUGCUACUGGCCAGGUAUUUCUCUGGGCAUACUCGAAACCCAGAUGGAAGUGUUCAAUUUAUAGCGGGCAAAACCAAAUUUGGNGAUGCUAUUGAUGGAGUGAUCAAGAUAUUCACUGUUGCGGUCACCAUUGUAGUGGUUGCAGUGCCUGAAGGGUUACCUUUAGCCGUUACCUUAACACUUGCCUACUCAAUGAAAAAAAUGAUGGCGGAUAAAGCUUUGGUGAGGAGGCUCUCUGCCUGUGAGACAAUGGGGUCGGCCACAACCAUCUGCAGUGAUAAGACUGGAACAUUGACUAUGAAUCAAAUGACUGUGGUUGAGGCUUGCAUUGGUGGGAAGAUAACUCCUCAUCAUACACCAGACCAGUUGUCUGGUAUGCUACGCUCUUUGCUGUUUGAAGGUGUUGUGCAGAACACUAAUGGAAGUGUUUAUGUCCCUGAGAGUGGUAAUGAUAUUGAGAUUUCUGGAUCACCAACCGAAAGGGCAAUAUUAGAGUGGGGAAUUAAGCUUGGGAUGCAUUUUGAUGAUGUCAGAUCACAGUCAUCAACUAUCCAUGUCUUCCCCUUUAAUUCAGACAAAAAGCGAGGAGGAGUUGCAAUACAGAUGACCACUCCGCAGACAGACUCUGAAAUCCAUAUACAUUGGAAAGGUGCGGCUGAGAUAGUCCUUGGAUGCUGUAGAGGGUAUAUUGAUGUUAAUGAUCAGCUGGUGGAGAUGGAUGAAGAGAAGAUGUCAUAUUUUAAAAAGGUCAUUGAACAUAUGGCUGCUGAUAGUCUACGGUGUNUUGCGAUUGCAUUUAGAUCAUUCGAAAUGGAGAAUGUUCCAACUGGUGAAGAACUUGCUCACUGGUCAUUACCAGAGGAUGAUCUUUUUUUAUUGGCAAUUAUUGGCCUGAAGGAUCCUUGUCGACCUGGGGUCAAAGAUGCAGUGCAGCUUUGCCAAAAGGCUGGNGUUAAGGUAAAAAUGGUCACUGGUGACAAUGUCAAANCUGCAAAAGCAAUAGCUGUGGAAUGUGGAAUUCUUGGUUCAAUCUCUGAAGCUACAGAGCCAAUCAUCAUUGAAGGAAAAAGAUUUCGUGCCUUGACAGAUGAAGGGAGAGCACAAAUUGNUGACAGCAUAUUGGUUAUGGGACGGUCAUCUCCUAAUGACAAGCUUUUGCUUGUGCAAGCAUUGAGGAGGAAGGGGCAUGUUGUGGCUGUAACUGGAGAUGGAACAAAUGAUGCUCCCGCACUACAUGAGGCNGAUAUUGGUCUUUCAAUGGGUAUACAAGGAACAGAAGUUGCUAAAGAGAGCUCUGAUAUCAUUAUUUUGGAUGACAAUUUUGCUUCGGUUGUGAAGGUUGUCAAAUGGGGGCGGUCUGUAUAUGCAAAUAUUCAGAAAUUUAUCCAGUUUCAGCUUACAGUCAAUAUAGCUGCACUUGCUAUAAAUGUUGUUGCUGCAUUUUCCACAGGUGACAUCCCACUAAAUACAGUACAGCUUCUAUGGGUAAAUCUUAUCAUGGAUACUCUUGGAGCAUUGGCCUUGGCAACUGAACCACCAACUGAUUCCUUAAUGGAUCAGCUUCCAAUGGGCAGACGUGAACCGCUUGUAUCAAAUAUUAUGUGGAGGAAUCUGCUGAUACAGGCUAUUUAUCAAGUUUCUGUGUUGCUUAUACUUAAUUUCCAAGGUGUGAAAUUACUGGGUUUGAGGAAUGAACCCAACCGCCCUGCAAUCAAAGUGAAGAACUCUCUGAUAUUCAAUGCUUUUGUUUUUUGUCAAGUCUUUAAUGAAUUUAAUGCCCGAAAGCCAUAUAGCUUCAACAUUUUCAAGGGAGUCACGAGAAACUACCUCUUUAUGGGGAUAGUGGUAACAACUGUCGUGCUCCAGAUUGUCAUCAUUGAAUUUCUUGGAAAGUUCACAAAAACAGUCAAGCUUAAUUGGAAGCUGUGGCUCAUUUCUGUUAUUAUAGCAUUUAUCAGCUGGCCUCUUGCUGUGGUUGGAAAGCUGAUACCGGUACCGAAAGCUCAACUCAGUAACGGUGUUCGAACAUUCUUUGAAAAAUUUAAGAAGACGGAAUCUGAGGCGCCUCAACGGAUUUAAAAACAGGCUUCUCAACAGAGUCAGAUCCGGUUUGCCUUCACUCCUUCUCGUUUAUUGAUGGGUUUACCUACAUUCUUCCGACGAUGAUAAGUUAUAUAAUAUUUGUACAGAGGUUUUACAGAUCUAAAAAAAGUGGAUUUGUUUUACACGUAGGUUCUAACCAGGGUAGGUUUGUUAUAUACGCAAAUUUAGCUAGUCUUCAUUUUUUUUGCCACCACUGUAUUUUCUGUUUGACAAAGGCUGAUUUAUAAUUUCAUGUUUGAAAAGUUGAUUUA